UUUACAAAACUGCGAGCCACUGCUCUGUACAAACGUCAGAUACUGUGAGAAAAAUGUGACAAGUGGCAAAAACGAUGUGACGAAACGUUCGAGAUCGUAGAUCUACAAGUAGUACGGUUAAAACAGUGCAUACAACGAAACGAUACUUCCGGAGCCCAUUUCCGGAUUGCAUUAGUUCUGUCUCUCUCUCUCUUUCUCUCUCUCUCUCGCAAAAACUUUCCCUUAUUGCUCUCUUCACCUGUUACCGCGUGACUCGCCCAGGAGCAUAAUGGCAAGAAUGUGUUACUAUUCGAAUACCUUGUGUACUACAGUAUUCCUACUGCUAGUUACAAUGAGGCUAUCAGCUUGUGUUUUGGCUAGUAAUAUAAGUGCAGGCGUAAACAGUGCAAGUGCCGGUAAAUUCUGUCCGAAGCUAUGUACCUGUGAUGUGAUCGAAGAUUUAAAAAGGGCAGAUUGUAGCAAUGAAAAGCUUGUGAACACAUACACCGACGUGCCGUUCGAUGUUGAAAUUCUCGAUCUAAGCAUCAACAUUAUAUCGUCGAUUGAAAAUGAUAACUUCAUGCCCUACGAUAAUCUGGUAAAGCUCUUCCUGUCGGAAAAUUCCAUCCAAACGAUUGCUCUGGAUGCUUUUGCGAACCAGCACCGUCUGACAACGCUGGAUCUUUCGCACAACCGACUAGAACAGCUCAAUGAGCAUCUGUUUGAGCGAAAUCUCCAGUUGGUAGAUUUAAACCUAUCCAAUAAUAACUUCAUGAUGCUGCCUAAUAUACCUUUCCUCAAAAGCUACUCUAUAAUGUUUCUUCAUCUUUCCAACUGUCGUAUACCGCACAUUUUCGACACUAUGUUCAUUGAUCUGCCAAAUUUGAAGUCGUUAGAUCUCUCCAAAAACAUAAUGAACAGUUUGGGCACGGUGCCUUUCGCUCAUCUGCGGAAGCUAACCUCUAUCAACUUAAUUGAUAACCGAUGGAAUUGCAAAACGGAAGACGUACGAAAUACGGUCAGAUGGAUAAAGGCAAGAGUACCUACUGUCACGGUAGAUAGUUGCUUGCUCUCCGAUCUGAAUUAUCAGGGUAAUCGGUUUGAACGAAUCAUGGAAGAUCCUGCACUAAACGAGCAAAAACAUAACCGACACGAUGUGGCGAUUGAUCUAGUUUGGGGUACACAAAGAUCGCGUCCGUCUAGCGCUAGUGAAGACGCUUGGCCAGCGUUUAUGAACAAAACAUGCUCUUACACCGAUCUAGAGGAUGAUCCGUCAAAAGAAUCUUGCGAACAUUUCGUUGAUUGUCAGCGAAAAUACAGUGAAUUGUACCAUGCACACAAAUUACUGCUCUCUCGCAAAGAUACGCGGCACAGUGGGUAUAUGCGCACAGGAAUAUUCAUCGGUGGCGUACUAGUGGGUGUUAUGCUUGGUUCGUUCCUCACGUACACGAUCUUGCAAAUCCUUGAGAAGACCGUCUCACCAGAUCGAGAUGAACUGCUCGCGGCUAAAAACUUCCUGGAACAGGCGGCUUCCACAAACUUGCCAGACUUCCUGCGAGCGCUCUCUGAUGUGCUGGUGUAUCCGGGCAACUCGACGGUCGCUCGUAUGGCGGCCGGUUUGCAACUAAAGAACCACCUGACUAGCAAAGAUCAAGCGAACAAGCAACAGUAUCAGGAGCGAUGGAGAUCAUUUCCGGAGGAUGUGAAGGAAUACAUAAGAAAAAAUAUCCUUGGAACUCUCGGAACGGAAGAAUCCCGACCAUCGUCAGCAGCACAGUGCGUUGCGUACGUUGCGGUCGCCGAUCUACCCGUACACCAGUGGCCCGAUCUCAUGCAGAAGCUUGUAGACAAUGUGGUGAACGAAAAGUCAACAGAAGCGCUGCGUGAAUCAACGUUGGAAGCGAUUGGGUACAUUUGUCAGGACAUCAACUCGGAAAUUUUGGAAAACCAGUCAAAUCAGAUUCUUACCGCGAUCAUACACGGUAUGCGCAAGUCGGAACCAUCCAACCAUGUGCGACUGGCGGCAACAAAUGCGUUGCACAACUCACUUGAAUUCACAAAGGCAAACUUCGAGGAGACGGCUGAGCGCAACUAUAUCAUGGAGGUGGUGUGUGAGGCAACUCAAUCGACCGAUACGCAGAUUUGUGUGGCUGCGCUUCAGUGUCUCGUACGUAUUUUGACACUUUACUACCAACAUAUGGAGGCGUAUAUGGCACAGGCCCUCUUCCCGAUCACGCUCGAGGCGAUGAAGUCAGAUAACGAGCAGAUCGCCCUACAGGGCAUUGAGUUCUGGUCCAAUGUCAGUGACGAGGAAAUUGAUCUUGCGAUAGAAGCGCAGGAGGCGGCUGAAACUGGUCGUUUGCCGAAUCGCGUCUCGAAGUAUUACGCCCGAGGUGCCCUACAGUAUCUUGUACCGGUGCUGAUGGAGAAGCUGACGCAUCAGGAAGAGUUCGAUGACGAGGACGAUUGGAACCCGGCGAAAUCGGCAGGCGUGUGUCUGAUGCUGCUCGCUACGUGCUGCGGUGAAGAGAUCGUUCCCCAUGUGUUGCCAUUCGUGAACGCAAAUAUCAAGUCGACCAACUGGCGAUUCCGGGAUGCGGCCGUGAUGGUGUUCGGUUCGAUACUGAGUGCCCUGGAGACAGACCGUUUGAAACCAAUGUUGGAACAAGCGAUGCCAACGCUUAUUGAGCUAAUGUACGACGAAAGUGUAAUUGUGCGCGACACAUGCGCCUGGACAUUCGGACGCAUCUGUGAGGUUAUCCCGGAAGUGGCAAUCAAAGAGAUGUAUCUUGAGCCACUGCUGAAGGCUUUGCUGGAUGGGCUCAAGGCCGAACCUCGUGUGGCUACAAACGUCUGCUGGGCGUUCACUGGCCUGUCGGAUGCGGCUUAUGAGGCGGUCAACAUCGACGAUGAUCCACCACAGACCUACUGUCUGUCGAAGUACUUCGACUUCAUCAUUACCAGCUUGCUCGAAGCAACCGAUCGACCAGACGGUGGUCAAGGCAAUCUACGCUCAUCCGCCUACGAAGCACUGAUGGAGAUGGUUAAAAAUUCUCCACUAGAUUGUUAUGUAUCGGUACAGCGUACUACGAUGGUGAUCCUAGAGCGCAUAAACCACGUGUUGCAGAUGGAAUCACGCAUUUCUUCGCACAGCGACCGGCAUCAGUUCAAUGAUUUGCAGUCGUUGCUGUGUGCCUCGCUCCAGUCGGUUUUGCGUAAGGUAGACGCCAAGGACGCACCGCAAAUUUCGGACGCCAUCAUGGUGGCCUUACUAACGAUGUUCAGUUCUAGUUCGGGCAAAGUAUGUGGCGUUCAGGAGGAUGCGUUGAUGGCUGUUUCUACGUUAGUCGAUCUGCUCGGCGAGGACUUUAUCAAGUAUAUGGAUGCAUUCAAAGAGUAUCUGUACAUGGGUUUGAAAAGCCAUCAAGAGUAUCAGGUGUGCUGUACGGCAGUUGGUCUUGCCGGUGAUAUUUGCCGUGGUUUGAAGAGUAAGAUUCUGCCCUACUGUGACGACAUCAUGACGCUGUUGCUCGAAAAUCUUAGUAAUCCGAAUCUGCAUCGUAGCGUUAAACCACAAAUCUUAACCGUCUUUGGCGACAUGGCGCUAGGUAUCGGGCCGGACUUUAAGAAGUAUCUGAAUGUUGUGCUGCCGAUGCUGAUAGCCGCCACUCAGGUGCAAAUCGAGCACCCCGAUUACGAUAUGAUCGACUAUUUGAAUGAACUGCGCGAGAGUGUGCUGGAGGCUUACACUGGUAUUGUACAGGGGCUCAAAGGAUCUGAUAAAACACCGCUGGAGGAUGUUACCGCACUUCUGCCCCAUGUUCCGUUUAUUAUCAGCUACAUUAUCUCGAUCGCAAAGGACUCGGAACUAUCGGAUGGCAACAUUGCAAUUGCUUCAGGACUUAUCGGUGAUAUGUGUGGAGCGUUUGGACCGAUGAUGUUACAGUUUGUGGAAGAUUCAAGCAUUACGGAGCUGUUGAACGAUGGCAAAAACUCACGCACAACACGCACGAAAACACUCGCAACAUGGGCACUCAAGGAGAUCAAACGAUUGAAGAAUCUACCAGUGAACACGAGUUGGAAAUAGUAAUACAGACCCAUGUUCCAGAUAAUAUGUGAUGCCAUUUCGAUGCGGAUGCCAAAAGGACAUCCUUUUGCUUCGUCCAAGUGCGAAGAAAUGAGUCUCUAUCGUGCCAGGAUUCUCUUCGAUCCGGUCCAGAAGGA